UGUCUAUUUCAAGUUACAAAUCAACUUAGUGUUAGAUAAUUGUGGCGUAAUCAAUUUGAUUUGAUGAUGCGCUGUAUAUUUUUAUAAAUGGUCCAUGAUUUGAAUGGGAGACAAUGAUCAUGAGAUGCCCAUUUAAAUCUGAUUAGUUUAGCUAGCCAGCUGUCAGCUAGCUGGUUAGGCAAGUCGUGAUGUAGCUAGCUAGCGUUAUAUUUAACCAAAACUGUAACAUAAGUUACAAGAAAUGUAAUGAGUGAGUUGAGAUGGACCACGGAGGUAGAAGACCAUUCAAUCCAAAUGGAGGAUCUUGACACUCAUCAUCACACAGCUAUUCUGGGAAGAACGUGGGAGCUUCUUUUGAAGUGCCCUCCCCAGUGUCCAGCUCAGCGUGAGUGCAGAAGAUGGUCAGCCAGAAGUCCCCAUGGCCUCAGUCCCACAGGCAGCAUCUAUGCCACAACCCCCUCCAUGUCUCUACCCCUCCUACAGGACAGACAGUCUCUGGUUGAGAUGGAGUGUGCCACCAUCCAGAGGCAUCGGUGGGAGCUGCAGCUUCUGAUUGCUGAGCUGAAAGACCGAGACCAGGAGCUCAACACCAUGGCUGCUGCCCACCACAAGCAGCUCACUGGCUGGGAACAGGACCGCCAGAGAGUCCUCACCCUGGAGCAGAGGUGUGCCCAUCUGGAGGAUGAGCUUCAGAAGCGUAAUGAGGUGAUCAGAGCUGUGACUAGGAGGGUUCAUGUCGUGGAGGCCCGGGAGAAGAAAGGCCACAGGGAGCUCAACUCUAUCCAGCAACAGCUGCUUGAGCUGGGGCAGAAACAGCAGCACACCAGCCAACACUGCCACGACCUGGAGGAGAAGAACCAGAACCUGAACUCCAUGGUGAUGUCUCUGUCAGCCCAGCUGGGCUCUCUGCAGGUCAGAGAGGAGGAGCUCAGUGCCAUGCUCAGACUCAAGGUGGCAUGUGUGCUCCAGGUGUGUGAGAACCAACAGAAUGACCAUCAGCUAUUUCAGUUGAACCUGGAGAGCACCCGGGAGGCCCUGAAACAGGCUGAGAGACAGGGACCACAUGGGAGGGGAGCUAGGAGGGGCUCAGAUGGAGUCUAUGACCAAUCAGGGAACAGAGAGAGGAGGAGGAGGAGGGACAGAGACGAGGAGCAGGGUCAGUCUACAGACAGGCUCUGA